AUGGACACCGCGAACGGGGCGUCGGGGCCGAAGGGCGUCGGUGGACGCGACGACGCGGACGAAAACGCGCGGAUUCGCGCGAGGGCGCGCCGGGUGAGCGAACCGGAGAGCGCGAGCGAGGCUUUGGACGGCGUGGCGCUGUUUCGGGAGUUGAAGCGAGACGCGCGCGCGGCGCUGUGCGGAAGCGUCGUGGAGUGCGAGUACGAGCGUGGAGACGUGAUCGUGAGGAAGAAUGAGGUUGGAACACACUUUUACGUCGUCGCGCACGGGUGCGUCAGGGUGGAUGCGAGCGAGGUGGGGACUCGCACGGGGGAUUACGCGGGCGAGGCGAGCGGAGAGGACGACGAGCGGCGAAGGCACGAGUCGCGAACGCGCGAGAGUUCGUCGAGCGAGCGCGAGGACGCGUCGCCCAUGGGUGGGAUCGCGCUCUCAUACAAGCUGCUGUAUCCGGGAGACACGUUCGGGGAGGUGGCGUUGGUGCGCAAGUGUCCUCGCACGGCGACGGUCAUCGCGGAGUCCUCAUCGGUCAAGCUCUGGGCCCUGGACCGCGCGACGUUUCAAGAAACGGUCAAGCGCACGACAUUCGAGCGUAGAUGUCGGUUAACGAGCUACCUCGACGCGGUCGAAGUAUUUCGAGAAUCGCUUGACGCGCGGACGAUGUCCAUGCUGGUGGAUGCACUUCGUGAAGUAACGUUCGAGAGUGGUCACGUCAUCGUCAGUCCCGACGACGUGUACGAAGAAGAAUCUUCGAAGUUUUACGUCGUCAUCGACGGUGAAGCAGUGGUGUACGUCGAUGACGGUAGCAAGGCCGAGGUGAACCGCUUGAGGCGAGGAGAUUAUUUCGGUGAGUUGAGUCUGAUUCACAAGACAUCGCCCACGGCAAUGGUUAUCGCUGUCGGUCAAGUCAGCGCAUUGACGCUCGACGCCGAGUCGUUCUAUCGCAUGAUUGGUGAAAAAACGGUUAAGCUGAUGGCUAGACGAAUCGACUCGUACACGCACACGGCGAACAAGGCGGAGCGGAAAUUAUCGAAGAGCUGUCUGUCGCGCUGUGCGGGAUCGUUUGCGGCGUUGCGAGGCGCCAUGACUUCGCCUUUUGGAUGGCUGUCUUUUGACAGACGCCACGCCGAGCGUCAAAAGAUUUCCCUUAAUGAAAUUAAGCGCGGACGUCAGACGACUUCUAAAAAACUCUCGGUCGAUUUCGACGUUCACUCCAGCAAGGAUGUUUUAUUCGUCAAGGAAAUUGGCAGCGGCAUGCUCGGCUCUGUCUUCAUCGCGAAAACGCUGAACACGCAGGAGACGUGCUGCGUUAAGGUGAUGCACAAAUGGAAAAUCGCACACUUGGAUCAAGAAAAGAACGUGUGCCGAGAGCUCGAGAUAAUGAAGCGAUUCGAUUCGCCCUUUCUCACUCGCGCCGUGGGCGCGUUUCAGGACGCUCGAUCACUCUACUUGCUCAUGGAUUACCUCCCAGGCGGAGACUUGUUUCAACUCCUCGUGAGUGGUCCUUACAGAGGUGGUCGCUUUCCGGUCAAUGUCGCGCAGUUCUACGCCGCCGAGGUCUUCAUCGCCCUAGAAUACAUUCACACCGAGGAGUACGUGUACCGCGAUUUGAAGCCCGAAAACGUUCUCCUCGACGCCUGCGGACAUGUCAAGCUCACCGAUUUCGGUUUCUGUCGCCACCUCCUUCCCGGUGAGCGCGCGUACACGACGUGUGGGACCGCAGAUUACAUGGCUCCCGAGGUCAUGCUCGCCCAGGGGUACGAUCAACUUGCCGAUUACUGGUCCUUUGGCGUCCUCCUGUACGAGAUGCUCGUCGGUUAUGCGCCGUUCGCCUCUGUCAGCGACGGCGUCCGGCAUCGCCGCAUCAUCUCCUCCGACCUCAAGUUCCACUCCACCUACUUCUCUCUCACCGCAAAAUCGCUCAUCUCUCGACUGUGCGUCGUCGACGUCUCCAAGCGUCUCGGUUCGGGCGCGCGCGGCUCAGGGGACCUGAAGAGUCACGACUUUUUCCGCGAUCUGAAUUGGGAAGACGUCACCGCUCGACGCAUCGACUCGCCCGUGCGUCCACCGGUGCGCGACCGCGUGAGCGCGGACGUCGGGAGCGUGGGGAGACACCGCUCGCGCGAGCUCUUACGGGCGCUGGAUCGCGCAUGUGAGAGAGAGCGCCGCGAGCGCGGCGCCGGGUCGAGCGCGCAGAGCGCCGACUUCGUCGGGUUUUGA